GUUGCCUGGAACGUAGCGUGUUGAUGACGUCAAUCUCUGCGACGCUUUCAGCGUACUUGUCGCGUGUGUUUUGAAAGCGCGACGUGCGCUGUGAUUAUUCUGGUGUCUACUGAAAUAUUAUUCACGUUUGAACAAUUAUGUCGUUUAUGGAGGACGAAGCAUCAGACUGUGAGGUUGACUCGCGCUCGCGAUUGGAAAGCUAUAUGUUCAGUUGUCAGCUGUCAUCCGAAGUUCCCUUUUACACAUUUCAGGCAGAUGAAGAUGAUGAUGUGGAACAUUUUCUCGAGCUGAGAACGAUUUGUUUGGGUGACGGUGCCAAAGAGGAGAAUAACGUGGUGGAAGUGUCCGCUAUGAAUCACCAAGGAAAAAAAAUAUCUGUGCCUGUAGCAAAUCUUCACAUUUCAUGUUUACCCAUGGUGAGCCUGGGGGAGUUUGAGUUGAUGGCUCCUGUAACACUACGCUUGAAAUCUGGAUCUGGACCAGUGACUAUCAGUGGGCUCCAUUUAGUCGCCACAGAGAAUGAAGAGUCUGAAAUGUCAGAUGAGGAGGAGGAUGAUGAUGAUGAUAUUGAAGAGGAACUGCCCUCAGUCAAACCAGCCAAGAAAAAGCAGAAGCUUUAAUCUAACAUAAGCUCAGUUUGUGAUGUUUACAUCAAACCUUUGUACGUUUUCUACAAUAUUAGAUUCAAUUGUCCUCCUAUGAAAUGACGGAGGGAGGCAACACUUUUUACCUGUCAGAUGUUAAACAGAAAGGUAAAAGCCUUCACGUUUAAAAUGUUUUAUUUAGUUUAAUGCUGUGUUACAAACCCUCUGGAUUAAAGUGAUAGUUCACCAAAAAAUUUAAUAUCUGUCAUUUACUCACUCUCAUGUUAUUACAAACCUGCAUUAAUUUCCUUGUUCUGAUGAACACAAAGGAAGAUAUUAUGAAGAAUGUUUGUAACCAAACCGUUGGUGGAUCCCAUUCACUUCCAUUGUAGGAAAAAAUAAUACUAUGAAAGUAAAUGGGGUCCAUGAAAGGUUUGGUUACAAACAUUGCUCAAAAUAUCUUACUUUGUGUUCAUCAGAACAAAAAAAAUGAUACAGGUUUAAAACAACAUGAGGGUGAGUAGAUGAUGACAGAAUUUUCAUUUUUUGGUGAACUGUCCCUUUAAGGGAUUGGUUGUUGCAGCGUCAAAUUAUCUGGACUGCCAACAGCUUUACGGUCCUAUUACUGAGCCAUUUUCCACUAUGUGGCUUUCAGAUGUACUUAUAAAUGUAAUUACCACAAUGUGUAAUGAUAUUAAUAUAAAAAGUCUACCAUAUAACAAGCAACUGACAGUGGACAGUGAAAAGCCUUGAUUUCAGCUGAAAAAGCUGCAAUUUCAGUCUGCAGCUGCCUUUUUGGAAACCACCAGCACUGUUCUCUGGAGUUUUUCAUUUUAUUACACCUUAAUCUUUUUUUAAACGUAAUGUUUAGAUUUUAAAUUUAUGUCUGUUUUUCAAGGACUGGUAAAGUGAGGGGUUUUAUUGGGGAAUGUGAUGUUCAGAUCAGUCAUGAAGGAAUGCCAUGGUUUCCAGUUUUGUACUUUUAAAGAUUUAUUUACGGAUUCUGUAAAUAAAAUUUGUUGUUUUAGUAAAA